AUGACCGCUGUUACCCAAUGUCAAGUAGAUCAUUUGAUUACUGAAUUAGUACCGCAUGUGGACACAGAAGCACAUCAGGAAGAACUAGGCUUAAAAGUGUAUGAAUGCUUUCUAAAGGCUAAACCAGAAUAUAUUUGUAAAUUUUCAAGACUUCAAGGACUUGAUGUUAGUAAUUUUGCACAAUCAGAAGGGCUCAAGUACUACGCAAGAACUUUUGUUGGGGCUCUUGUGCCGAUAAUUAAAGCUGCAGCAAAUAAGUGUGAAUUAGAUAAACUUUGCUUGGAUGAAGCUGUGAUGCACAGAAAUCGUCAAGUUAACGAACAAAUAUUUCUAGAUUCAUUGCCAAUAUUCAUUGAAUUUUUCAACAAUUUCAUCAAUGAUGAACAAAAUAAAGAAACAAUGAGUAGAAUAUUAACUUACGUCUUCAAAACAAUCGGUUCUCAAAUUUAA